AUGUCGACACCAUCAGCUCCCCCGAUUCUGGACUUCUCAUCAUUCUAUGGUGAUGAUAGUGAGGCAAAGGCGAAUUUGGUAAAGCAGGUGCGAAAUUGUUGCCAUUAUAAUGGAUUCUUCCAGAUUACCGGGCAUCGCGUCCCGCUGGACUUGCAGCGACGCGUCAUGCAAUGUUCGAAACGCUUUUUCGACCUCCCACUGGAAGAAAAGAUGCAAAUUGACAAAAAUUUGAAUACGUUCAAUCGUGGCUACGAGCUUCUCCGAUCACAAAUGCUUGAAGCGGGCACCGGCCCGGAGCUCAAAGAAGGACUCUAUAUUGGCGAGGAAAUCCCAAAAGACCAUCCGUAUUUUGUACAGAAGAAGUUGAAUAGUGGACCGAACCAAUGGCCACAGAGCAUCUCGGACAAGGAAGAGUUUCGCAAGACCACAAUGGAGUACUACCACGCAGUAUUCGAGCUUGCAAAGGAUGUCCUAGGUGUGGUGGCUUUGACGCUAGGUGUAGAUUCAAGCUUCUUUGAGCCUUUGACUUCAGGUGCAGUGGCAACCAUGCGUUACCUGCACUACCCUGCGCAGCCUAAAGACCAAGACGAAAAGCUGAAUCGUGGGAUUGGCGCCCAUACCGACUUUGGCUGCGUUACUCUGCUUCUACAGGACGAGAUCGAUGGAUUGCAAGUUCUAGAUGUACCCUCUGGUCAAUGGCUCGAUGUCAAACCAGUCGAAGGAGCCUACGUUGUGAAUCUUGGAGACCUUUUUAUGCGCAUGGCCAACGACAAAUACAAGUCCAACAUCCACCGAGUGAUAAAUAAGUCUGGCAGAGAGAGAUAUUCGAUUCCUUUCUUCUUUAGUGGAAAUCCAGAUUACCUGUGCAAGUGCCUUCCCAAUUGUUGUGCACCGGGUGAAGAAGCCAAGUAUCCACCGAUCACGGUUCAGGAUAUGGUGACUGGAGCCUACAAAGAAAGUUAUGGUCGAGCUGAGAAGUACAAAAAGGAAUUGGAAGCGCAGAAGCUAGGUUCAGCGCCGCCUGUGGCUCCUGUGGGUGCGUAG